CUCAGUUUGCCAAUCUCUUUGCUUCUCUAUACUUCCCUUUACAUAUAAACCCAAACAAUGAGCAUAGCUAUUUUCACCAUGGACGAAGAGCACGUCGAGGCAGUAGACAUCUUUGCCUCACCAAUUUCGACUGUGGCUCCUCCAGCCUUGUUCUCCCGCACCACCCAUCCGCUUCUGGUCCCUAGCGGGGUGGUCAGAAGCGGUCCUGUGCAGACCAACAACUUCUACGGUAACAUGUUGUUGAGCGAUCAAACACAGCCUACCUACACCCAUCCUUACGUUGUGUGGUAUUCUAACAGCGUAAACAAUCUCGGACUUGCCCUCACAUACUCGCCGGCCUCCAAAAUGGUUUUUGGCCCUGACGCUUCGGUGAACCCUGUGGAGUAUUUUUACAUGCCCGCCGGAAUUGGGUCGUUCGUGAUGGGGGCGUCUGACUUUGACUCUUCAGUGGCGUUUGGAAUGAAAAACAUCUCAAAGUUUGGCUCCACCUUGACCUUUACUGCAACCGACGGCGGUUACAUGAUAGCCCCUGUGGUACAGGGAAUGGGGUUUGUCACUACCGUGUACUACAACUUGAUUCCACGCAUCAACAGCAUGGUGGGAUUCACGUCCAUAACAGGCGCUAGCGCUCCCAAAGCCGGUAUCCAGAAAUAUCAGAUUACGUUGAACGAUGCAUCCGUCUGGUGGAUGUACGUUACGAUUCCUCUGGGCCAGUCCCUUCAGUUUAGGCUCAACGGUGGUUCGCAGAUCAUCAGCUCUAACUCCGUUAGCGGCUGUGUUAUCCAGCUCUGCACCGGUGUCAAUGGUGCUUAUGAUGGUGCUGCCGGCUGUUAUGCCACUGAUGCCAGCAUUAGUGCCACUGUGAGCGGUUCCACCGCUACCUAUUCUCUUAACUAUAGUGUUUCUGGGACAUCCAACACCAACACAACAAUGCUUUUUGCUCUUCCACACCAUGUGGAGUCGUUUGUGAGCUCCAUGGCAGCUUCCAAGACCAGUAUCAGCCUCCAGACUCCCAGCAAAGGCAUCGCCACGGGCUACUUGACCAAUACCUUUACCAUGACCGAACUGCUUCCUACCACAAUCGGGUUUGCCCCGUGGACGAGUAUCACGGCUAAUCCUGCCGGCUAUUCCACGGCUGCGCUUGCUGCCAUCCAAGCCGCCGCGGCCAGCGAAGCGAAUGACGAUGUUGCAAGUUUGUCCAAUGUCGACUCCAUGUACGUGAGUGGCAAGAUCUUGGACAAGUACGCCUAUGUUCUCUGGGUGGUGAUGUAUCUUUUAGAGGACAGGACUACCGCUGCAAUGCUUUUGGCAAAGAUGAAGACCGCCAUUGAGCGCUUCAGCAACAACACGCAGCAGACUCCGCUUGUUUAUGACAUUACCUGGGGCGGGAUCCGCUCUGGGUCCAACGACUCUACGGCCGAUUACGGUAACCCGUACUACAACGACCACCACUUCCAUUAUGGCUAUCACAUCCAUGCUGCUGCCAUCGUCGCCAAGGUUGACAUGGACCUCGGUGGUACCUGGUUGAUCCAGGUGAGUCCCUGGGUGCAGUCUUUAGUGCGAGAUGUGGCAAAUCCAUCGUCCCUGGAUACCUAUUUCCCGGUCUUCCGCUCCUUUGACUUCUUCCACGGCCAUAGCUGGGCCCACGGUUUAUUCGCAGCCGCUGACGGGAAGGACCAAGAAUCUUCCUCAGAGGAUUACAACUUUUCGUAUGCCAUGAAGAUAUGGGCGACGGUGACUGGUGAUACCAACAUGGAGGCCAGGGCCAACUUGAUGCUUGCGAUCCAGAAGCGCGCAAUGAACUUGUACUAUUUGUUAGCGGACAGCAACACUGUCCAACCAGCCAACUUUAUCCAAAACAAGGUUGCCGGGAUUCUCUUUGAGAACAAGCUUGACCACACCACGUACUUUGGUACCAACUUGGAGUACAUUCAGGGCAUCCAUAUGUUGCCAAUCACGCCGGUAUCUUCUUUCAUCCGAGGACCGACCUUUGUUCAGCAGGAAUGGGACGAGAAGUUGGCGAGUAUAGUGGGCGGGUUGACCUCCGGCUGGAGGGGUAUUUUGAUGUUGAAUUCAGCAUUGUUCGACCCGCAGUUGGGAUUCCAGUUCUUUAACGGGAGUUCUUACAAUAGUGAGUAUCUCGAUAACGGGAUGUCUUUAACGUGGUCUUUGGUUUACACCGCGGGGGUCGGUGGAUCUACGUAGAAGUUUACAGGGCUGUUUUUUUUUUUUGAGCAGUGGGGGGCUGGACUGGGAUUUCUGGUCUGGCCCGUUGGUUACCAAGCUGUCUGGCUAUGAUUUUCCGGAGGAAUGUUUUCCAAGGGAGACCCUUCGUGUUUUUGUUUGAUUAUUUUGUUUGCGUUUAUAUGUAUGAGAAGAUGUAUUGAAAUAAAUAAAGGUGCC